AUAAAAAUUGAAUGUACAGAAGGCAAUGUCGCACGUAGGCCACCGUUUCAUGAAGAUGACUCAUUUCUCCUCUCUCUCUCUCUCUCUCUCUCUCUCUCCUCAGUCUUAUUCUAUUUACUUCUCUCUCUUCUUCUUCUUCUUCUUCUUCACUCUUCCGUUUUCUGUAAAUAAUUGUUUGAAUAAUCAAUCCCCUAGACUAUGCAAAUGAUCGCUUAAUAAUUAUUAUUUUCUUGUUUAAUUCGUCGAAAUAUCGAGCUCACUUUUUCCUCCAUCCAUUUUUUUAAAUUUCAUCACAAUCUUUUUCCUGCUACGGACUAUCAGAAAAUGGCUGGACAAGUUGUUGCUAACAGGCCUCCAUCUUCAUUUGAGUUUGUGCUAGUAGGAGACUCUGGUGACAGUAGUACCGUUAUUGGAUCAUCUAACCAGAUCAGCCCAUGGAUCGACCCUUCAACAAUUAAGCUCAGGCACAGAAUCGGACGAGGCCCUUUUGGCGAUGUUUGGCUGGCAACUCAUCAUCGUGCAUCUGAAGAUUACGAAGAGUUUCAUGAAGUUGCUGUCAAAAUGUUGCAUCCGAUUAAAGAAGACAACGUUAGAGAUGUCUUGAAUAGGCUGGACACUAUAGUUUCCAAGUGUCGAGGGUUGGAAACAGUGUGUUGGCUCAAUGGACUUUCGGUUAUAAAUAAGAAAAUAUGCAUUGUUAUGAAAUUUUACGAAGGCUCGGUUGGAGAUAAAAUGGCUAACUUCAAAGGGGGAAAGCUCUCACUAAUCGAUGUUCUGAGGUAUGGGGCAGAUCUGGCUCAGGGAAUAAUGGACCUGCAUGCAAAAGAAAUCCUUAUUCUAAACCUUAAGCCUUUUAAUUUCCUUUUGAAUAUAAAUGACCAAGCUGUUGUUGGGGAUAUUGGCAUUCCUUACGUUCUGUUAGGGAUUCCGUUGCCCAGUACAGACAUGGCUCGACGACUUGGUACUCCCAACUAUAUGGCUCCAGAACAAUGGCAACCCGAAUUAAGAGGGCCAAUAUCUGUUGAGACUGAUUCUUGGGGAUUCGGUUGCAGCAUAUUGGAGAUGUUGACUGGUACACAGCCUUGGAGUGGUAAAUCAAUUGACGAGAUAUACAAAUUGGUUGUGACUAAGCAAGAAAAACCUCGUAUUCCUGAUGGGCUCCCCCCUGCUGUUGAGAAUGUCAUUCUUGGUUGUUUCGAGUAUGAUUUCAGAAGCCGCCCUGUGAUGGCAGAUAUUUUACAUGCUUUUAAGAGUUCACAGAAUGUAGUCAACCAGGAUGGGGGCUGGACAGAUCUUGGAAGUAGAAUGAUCAGAGAGAAAGCAGGUGGUGUUGGUUAUACUGAGUGGUUUCUUGCAAAAGAUCACCUCCAAGUUGGUGAUAUGGUUCGAUCGAGGAAAGCUCCAAACUCGUGCAGCUCUAAAAAUAUGGAUGUACCCGAGGGAACUGUGGUUGGUCUAGAAAGGGACACAGAUCAAGAUGGAUUUGUUUUAGUGAGGGUGCAUGGGGUCCACGACCCAAUAAGAGUCCACGUGUCAACAUUAGAGAGGGUCACGUUUGGCUUGGCUGCAGGUGAUUGGGUUCGUUUGAAGAAAGAGGACAGCAAGAAGCAUUCGCCUGUGGGCGUUCUUCACUCCAUUAACCGUGAUGGGAGCGUGACUGUGGCUUUUAUAGGAAUGGAGACACUUUGGAAGGGAGACUAUUCGGAGUUCCACAUGGCGAAACCUUAUUGCGCGGGGCAGUUUGUGAAGCUGAAGUCGAGUGUUUUUAGCCCUCGAUUUGAAUGGCCUCGAAAGAGAGGGGGUGAGUGGAUGGCAGGGAGGAUUUGUCAAGUGUUGCCUAAUGGAUGCCUUGUUGUGAAAUUUCCGGGUAGACUGACAAUUGGUGGUGAGAAUAGUGAUAGCUUCUUGGGUGAUCCUGCUGAGGUGGAGCUGGUAUCGUUCGACACCUGUCCUACUGUGGUGAAGAAGUACCAGCAUCUAGAAGAUUUUCACUGGGCUGUAAGGCCGCUGUUGAUUGCAUUGGGCCUAUUUACGGCCAUGAAGAUGGGCCUUUUUGUUGGUAAGAAAGUCGGCAGAGUGAGAUCCAAGGGAAAGAAUCAUGAUAUAGUGGUGGUAACAAAUGAUAAUCAGAAUGUGGAGGGGCAGAGUAGCAGCAGCGGUGGUGGGGGUGGCAGCAGCGGUGGUGCUUGGCGUCCUCCAAAGGUGACUGACAUUUUCAGAUGAUGUGUGAAGUGCUUGAAAAUUGACUGAAAUGCCCACGAAAUCGACAGUGAGCGUUCGAACAUCAACAACUGAACCUGGAAAAUGAUGACUUGUUGUGUAAAUAGAUGUAUGGUUUUCAUUAUGUCUCUACUUUUAGUUCAUGUAUAUAAAUACUCAGACAAUCUAUUGGCACUUGUCA